AUGUCAAUUUUUGCUCAAGACUCCCUCAUAUCCAGCGGGUCUGCAACCAUCAACACGUUGAAUGGUAUCUUCACUCUUACUGGAUCUCGGGAUUUUGAUAGUCCCGUUGGGCUGGUGGAUGUUGAGCGAUGUUCCCGAGAGCUUUACCUCAGCCACAUCGGCCGAUCAGGUGGGGCUUGUCAGUCAGGCACAACUCUUGAAGGAGUUCGUGUGCCUCCCGGUCUCGAACCACCGCCAUAUGAACUUGUGAUAACCAACCUUUCCGGAUUAGGCUGUACCAAAGACGCUGCCAGUGCAUUUGAGCACCGCAAAGAUGUGGCCGUCGACAAAAAAGCUAAUGUCGGAAGCCAUUCGAUUUAA